CGACCACGGAACGCGACAAAAAAAUUGGAAAAAAGGCCAACUGGAUGGAUUUUCCAGCCAGAACGCGAUCGCACGCCAUAUUGGCAAGCUCCGGAAGCAUGGUCGCCGCCCAAGUCACCGGGACGCCGGCGCCGACAACAACGCUGACUACGCCACCGACAAUGACAACGCCGACGCCGACAAAUGACCCGAAAGCAGGCAAGUCAACAUCAGAUGACCGGGGAUCGACACCGUCCGUGCCGAGCACGGAUGGACAGUGCCCGGGCCCUCCAUGCAGUGGGUACCAACCGCUCAACGGCGACUUCAAACUCAAUGGGAAAUGCAUCGCCGAGGAGACCAAGAGCGUACGUGUCUACUGCCCGGAGAAGGAGUCGCCGAAUUGCUGCAUGAGCAGCUCCGUCGAGAAGAGCGUUGCGAAUCUGACGUUGCAUAACGUGUCCACCGUUUUAACGUGCAGUGGCGUGAUCUGGAAGCCCAUCAGCAUCAACUGCUCGACAACGACUGUGCCCGUGAAGGUGACGACAGCGCCGACGACAUCGACGACGGUGCCGGCUACAUCGGCGCCAGACGCAUCAUCAUCCAACACGGGCGCGAUCGUCGGGUCGAUCGUUGGCGUCGUCGCGCUGCUCGCCGUCGUCUUCUUUGUCAUGUACCAGCGCAAGAAGAAGCGCGCGGUGCGGUCGCCCGACUUUCCCGACCACCAGGACUCGUACCUCGGCAUCGACUCGGUGGACGGCGCGCCCAAGGCCGCCAAGGCGUCGCCGCCGCCGCCAGCCAAUUCCGCGGCCACGUCGACGUCGACGGUGGUCGCCGAGCCUAAGCCGCGUGCGCACACAGAGUCGCUCCUUACGCAGCUCUCGCAGCGCGACGACCUCAAGCCGCUCUGGAUGGACAUUGAGACGCUCAAGACGUCGGCGAUCAAGGGCGGGCACAACCUCUUUAGCUGCAACGUGCGCGGGCAAAAGGUCGCGCUCAAGGGCAUGGACUACCCGACGGCCUCCAUCGAGCUGCGCGCCGACUUUAUCCGGUCGAUCCACGACGUCUGCAAGGUGCAGUCGCCGUACAUUACGUCCAUCUCGGGCGUCUGCCUCAUGAACUUCCAGACGCGGCUCUGCGCCGUGUCCGAGUUUAUGGAGAAGGGCGCGCUCAGCGCUGCGCUCCUCGACGCGACCCUCGUCCUCUCGGACGACCAGAAGCGCAUCAUGGCCCUCUCGCUCGCCUCGGGCUUGGCAUACCUCCACGAGUCGCACAAGAUUGUGUAUGGCCACCUCACAAGCGAAAAAGCGCUCGUCAACGCACGCCUCGAGUGCAAGCUCAACGUCUUUGAGCUCAUGAAGCGCGAGUACCUCGACACGCGGCCGUGCAACACGACCUUUGGCGCGUUCGAAGUCCCGUACCAAGCCCCCGAGCUCCGCACCGUGGCGCCGCCGCCGACGACGAUGGCCACGGACGUGUAUGCGCUCGGCGUGCUCAUUGCCGAGGUCUUUACUCGCGACCGGCCGUGCAAGGCGCUGUACGCAGAGAAGGGCCUCGUCGCCGGCGACAUGUACCUCUACGCCCACGUCGAGACGCCGGCCUUUGACCUCGGCUCGCUUCCGUCUGGCGUCGCCCAGAUUGUGCGCCAGUGCUGGCACAUUAACCCCGCAAAACGCCCCACCAGCAGCGCGGUCGUUGCAGCGCUCAAGUAGGACGCGCUCCUUGCUUUUAUUCCAUCACGAACGAUUGUGUUUAUACAAGAUGUCUGCACCCGUUUUGCCAGGGAGAUUUGGAGGCGGCAAGGGGUAGGGUAGUAUCUAGGGGUAGGUCAACGUGGCGCGACAAAGCUCU